GAGAGUGGAUAGAGUGAAUGCAGGUUCUGGGGGAGAGCAGAUAUAGUGAAUGCAGGGUCCGGGGAGACCAGAUAUAGUGAAUGCAGGGUAUCGGGAGGGGAUAUUGUGAAUGCAGGGUCCGGUGAGAGUGGAUAUAGUGAAUGCAGGGUCCUGGGUGAAUGGAUAUAGUGAAUGCAGAGUCCGGGGAGAGCGGAUAUAGUGAAUGCAGGGUACGGGGAGAGCGGAUAUAGUGAAUGCAGGGUCCGGGGAGACCAGAUAUAGUGAAUGCAGGGGUCCGGGGAGAGCGGAUAUAGUGAAUGCAGGGUCCGGGGAGAGCGGAUAUAGUGAAUGCAGGGGUCCGGGGAGAGCAGAUAUAGUGAAUGCAGGGUCCGGAGAGAUCGGAUAUAGUGAAUGCGGGGUCCGGGGAGAGCAGAUAUAAUGAAUUCAGGGUCCGGGGAGAGCAGA